AAUAUGCUAUUUUUUUAAUGAACCACUCGUGUUGGCGGAUUUGAAAUAUCGAACGGAAGUGACCUCAUUAUGUGAACAUCAUCCAAAGUUCAAUUAAGCGGGCCUCAGCAAAAGUCGUUACGCCUUCAUAACAUGUGGAUGAAUUUAAGGAUAAAUAUGGACAAAAAAGAGAAAAGAAAAGAAAAAUCCUAUGAAAAAGAGCCCCACAUUGAACAUUUAUAGAUUCGUCAAACAUUUUGGUUUAACAGAAUCAGCAAAUACUGAGGUUUGGAAAUCACUCGUGUACCAAGUCAGUAGCAUAUACAGAGCCUCGAAAAACAACAAUGCUCCUCUCGUCGUUGUGAUCCAGCACAGUUGUCUAGUAGCACUUGGACACGGAUGGAAAAUUUUUGUCUUAUGUCGAACCACACCAAGUAACCAAGAAAGAAAGACAACAAACACGAGCGAUUGGAGAGAAGUCACCGAUGUUAUUCCAGAUGCCAAAGUAGAACAGAAACAUAACGACAUUGUUGUGACUCUUCCCCAACUAAACGAGGACAUUGAAAUUUCAGCUUUUGGAAUUCCAGGAACAGUAGACCAGAAACGAAUGAAAAUGGCAAUCUUUGGGAAAAAGCCAACCCAAGGAAGGGACUGGAAAUUAAAGGUCUAUCUCAUAGACGACUCGACCACAGCUUUUGAGGUAAGACCGGUUGUUAUUGUAUUUGGUAAACUUUCUCAGACUCGAGCUUGAGGUCUAAAUUUGAGUCUAUCUUUUUUCUGCAACAAACGCACUCCUACAGUGCCUUUUUCUUUCUUGGAAUAUAAAUGGUUAUUGGUUGGCAAUCGCCAGGUAAACCAUGGUUAAACAUUUUCUUUUAAAGGUUGGGGAAAUUCAUCCACCGGCAACUCCUUGUUGCAAUGGCUGAUGCCAUGAGACUGCUAAAGGGAUUAUUUUCUUCAUUUUAGAAACAAAAUAAUGUAAUUUCACUUAAUAGUUCUUCCUUUCUAUCAAACAGAACGUCUGCGACAAAGAGGAGAGUUUAGGAAACAACUUGUUAACAACCCUCGCUGGUUUAUUUGUGUCAAACAGUAACGAAGAAAUCAGAAUUGAAAUCAACCCCAUUGAACCUGGAUGGAAAGUCAAAGGAAACAAAGUUCAGGUAUACACAUUGUUCGUUUACAACACCAAUUUGUACCUCGACGACCUAAAGUUGAGCUUUACUCCCGAAACACUUGUUGAAAAACGAGGUGAUACAAAUUCUCUUUUUCCUCGAUCUCCGCUGAGAUUGAACAUCGCAGAAUACGGAAAGCGUUCACCAUAGCUAAGGCUCUCCCGUGGCACAUUUUUUCCUGACGUUGAUUUUUUUUUAUCAUGUUUGAAUUACAGACGAUUACAGCAAAAGAUGCCUGGCACUCGCUUGAAAAUUCUAAAGGUUUUCCUCAUUGCCAAAUCAUCAUCGAACACGUCAACAAAUCGAAGCAAGCAUUCUUUUGUGGAAUAACAGCAUCGCAUGGAAGAGAUCAGGCUAACACAGAACUAGUGGCAUAUUUUGAACAUGUAGGUCUAUGAUAUGGGUAUUUGCAUGCAUUUUUGACGAUGCAGGCGAAGGUUGUUGAAGAGAGAGCAAGGCAAAAGGCGCGAUAAGUGUUCGAAGCUCGAGCCCUCCGAGAUUAGAAUAAAUAAAGGUUUUCUUUCAGUCAUUUUCUUGUCACUUCGUACGAAUACAAAUUACACAAAUCGAUACCACUCCAUAAAAUGUUUAGCUGCAAGAAUGUGAAAAAAACCCAAAGGCUUCAAUGAAAUGCGUUUAAAAAGGAACAUUUUACCAGGUAUAUAACUUAGCAACUUCGAAAAGAUUUUGUUAUGAAAGAGGAAAGAUACCGUUCUAGGCUAAGAUGGCUUAGAUAGCACAUAUGUGAAAUGGAGAUUUUCAAGAAACUUAAAAGCAUUUAUUAAAGUAAGCAUGCUUAUUUAUCAUAUUUCUAUCGUACAGGAGAGAAAAAGAGGAGAACUCAACCAACCAUCUAAAGAGCUUCAGACACUGAACAACACCACCCGAUAUGCGAGAAAUGGUACGACGCUUUAUUCCUGUUCUUUUCUAUUAGAAAAAAAAACAAACAACAACAACAACGAUAACAAUAACAUCGCCAACAGCACUGAGUACAAGGAUAUG